AUGAGUUUGGAAUCCUCUAGUGGUGUACUCAAAGACCAGAAACGUGCAGAGGUCUUCGUGUCUGAAGUUGAUACUGGCGCUCAGCUAGUUGCUGGGUUGAAUUCAACUCUUGAGCCCGAUGAGGCUUUGAGAGUAAGGAGGAAGAUCGAUAGAUAUGUCAUGCCUCUGAUGUGUGUUCUUUACGGGAUCCAAUUCAUGGACAAGUUAACCUUGGGUUCUGCGGCCAUCCUUGGAAUUCAGCAGGCCGCGCACCUGACUACGAAUGAGUACAAUUGGCUUGGCACUGCAUUCUAUCUUGGUUACAUUCUCUUCCAGUAUCCCCAGAAUCUUGCCCUUCAAAGAUUCCCGGUCGGGAAGUGGAUGAGUAUCAAUAUCUUCAUCUGGACAGUUGUACUUGCAUCUCAUGCAGCGUGCAAGAGCUUUCGUGGGCUUCUUGUCGUGCGCUUGUUGCUGGGCGUAUGUGAGGGGUCGAUCACUGCUGGAUUCUUGAUCAUUAGCUCCAUGUUCUACACGCGGACGGAACAGACGCUACGGGUUGGGUAUUGGUCUCUGAUGCUUGGCACUGCCCAAAUAAUAUCUGGUUUCAUCAGCUUUGGUGUUUUGCACAUCAAAACCACAGGGUUUGAACCAUGGCAAUGGCUUAUGAUCAUCACCGCUAUAAUGACGAUGAUCCUUGCGAUCUUAUUUUGGUUCUUGUUUCCUGAUUCGCCUACGAAUGCCUGGUUCCUUACUCCCGAUGAGCGAGUGAAAGCCGUGCAGCGCCUCAAGGAAAACCAAACAGGGGUGGAAAACAAACACUUCAAGAUGGAGCAAAUGAUCGAAGCCCUGACUGACCCCAAGACAUGGCUCUUCGCUCUCCUCUCGGCUCUAUGCAAUGUGCCUAGCUCAAUGUUAAAUCAACAAUCACUCAUCCUUGCUUCGUUCGGAUUCAGCUAUCUACAGACAACUCUCUUGUCCUGUAUUCCUGGUGUGAUUCAAAUAUUGACAAUCUUCACUGGUGUUCGGCUUGCAAUACGACGGCCUAAUUCCAGAGCAUACGUCGCUGCUAUGUACUUUGUCCCGGCGUGGUUGGGCGUCUUGCUGGUCAAUCUAAUUCCUUGGUCGAAUCAGGCUGGACUUCUUGCCGGCCAGUUCCUAGCUGGAUUCCCGGUGCCCGGAUUCGUACUGACAUUAUCAUGGCUAAAUAACGUGACUGCUGGUCAUACAAAGAAGGUUGUUACUAACGCCACUAUACUCUCGGCUUACUGCGUUGGCAACGCAGCUGGUCCUUUGAUGUGGAAGGCACAAUAUAAGCCGCGCAACCACAUCCCAUGGGCUGUGAUCGGCACAUGCUACGUCGCCUGCCCGUUACUUCUCCUUGUCAUCCGUGCCGUUCUCGUCCGGGAAAAUCGAAUCCGCGAUGCAGAGCCUGUUGAUGACGGAGAAGAAUAUGUUAUCGAGCGAAUCACAGAGGAUGGGAAGCAUGUGGAAGUCAAAGUUGACAAGGAAUUCCUGGAUCUGACAGAUAGGCAGAAUAGGGAUUUCAGAUACGUUUUGUAAUAAUAUUAAGCAAUCUUGGUCCUUGAUCCGGUAAUUAGUAUUGCGAAAUGGC